AAGGUUUUAUAUGUGUGCACACUGCGCACAGCCGCACAUGACUACAGGAGUACAUAUUAAAACUAAAGGCACUUUUUUCUGCAGAAUGUCAGACAUAGCAUAAAGGUUCAGAUUUCAAGGUCAUCCAAUGAAGAUGAAAAAUCUUUGUCUCUGCAAAUCAAUACUCAUUUAUUGUUUUCUCUUAAAUUUAGUUUCUUUAACCUUAUUUUUUGCAUCAUAUUCUCAUGCUUUAAAUACAAUCACACAAGGGCAAGUCCUUAGAGAUGGAGAUACCCUUAUUUCUAAUGGUGGGUCUUUUGAAUUUGGGUUCUUUAGCCUUCCAAAUUCAUCAUUAAGGUAUGUAGGAAUUUGGUAUACCAAUAUUUCAGUUGAUUCUAUUGUGUGGGUUGCAAACAGAAUUUCCCCAAUUAGCAGUCAAAAUGGUUCUAUAACACUUGAAAAUGAUGGGAAUUUGACAGUUUCUGAUGAAAGUGGGAGUAUUAUUUGGUCUUCCAAUACAACAGUAAUAUCAAAUAAUUACACUGCGCUUUUACAUGAUGAUGGUAAUCUCGAGAUUCGAGGCAGUAAUGUUCUUCCUGUAAGUUUUACUUGUUGGGAAAGUUUUAAUCAUCCUACUGAUACAUAUUUACCUGGGAUGAGAGUACCUGUAAAUCCAAAUUCAGGUGAAGAUCAAAAAAUAUUUACCUCAUGGAAAAGUAUCAAUGAUCUUUCAAUUGGGAAUUACUCAAUGGGAGUGGAUCCUAGAACCGCUCCCCAGUUUGUAGUAUGGGAGGGAAUGAACCGCCAUUGGCGAAGUGGAUACUGGAAUGGAUUGAUUUUUACAGGAGUAUCAACCAUGUCUGCCUUUUAUAACUAUGGGUUUAAACUUUCCAAUGCUGAUUCGAGUGGAACUAUGUAUUUUACUUAUUCUCCUCAGAAUCGAGCGAAUAAAUUCAAGUUUCGGGUAACAUGGGAUGGUUAUGAAAAGUCACUCAUCUUUGCUGAUGGUGGUGAAGAAUGGGGCUUAAUACAAGAAGAGCCUGCAACAGAUUGUGAUGUAUUCAAUAAGUGUGGUGCUAAUGGGUAUUGUGACACAACAGUUAAUCCGAUUUGUGGUUGUUUCAAAGGGUUUUUGCCUAAAUACCCUGAUCAAUGGAGAAACGGAAAUUGGUCUGGUGGGUGUGUUAGGGAGAUCCCCGUGCAAUGUGACAAUAAUAAUAACAGUUUGAUGGGUGAAGAUGACUUUUUAGAGGUUGACCAUGUGAAAUUACCUGAUUUUGCUGAUCUUUUAGGAGUAGAAGAGGAGGAAUGUGAAAAACAGUGUCUGCAGAAUUGUUCAUGUAUGGCAUAUACUUAUGUUACUGGAAUUGGUUGCAUGACAUGGAGUGGUGAAUUGACUGACAUUCAGCAAUUCACAGAAGCUGCAGGCAAUACACUGAACAUUCGUGUUGCAUCUUCUGUCUUAGAGGGUAACAAAGGCAAAUUAUCUGGUCCAAAGAUAGCAGCUAUAGUCAUAAGUGCAGUGGUAUUGUUAGGCAUAAUACUUUUGUGUUUGUGGAAAUUAGGAGGAAAAGUAACAGGUUCACUGUCUAAGAGAGGAAAUGAUGCAAUGAGAAUGGAAUUGAGGAAAGGCCAAGGAUAUUCAACAGAUGUAUCAGGAUCACAGGAAAUGAUUGGAGAAGGAGAUCUCGAAAAUGCAAAAGAUGUUCCAUUGUUCAAUUACAAUCUUGUUGCAUCUGCUACAAAUUUUUUCUCUAUGGAGAACAAGCUUGGACAAGGGGGAUUUGGUCCAGUUUACAAGGGAACAUUGCCUGGUGGACAAGAAAUAGCAGUGAAGAAACUCUCAAGAAAAUCAGGGCAAGGCAUGGAGGAGUUCAAGAAUGAGAUUAUGCUUAUUGCCACAUUACAGCACAGAAAUCUUGUUAGAAUUCUUGGUUUCUGUGUACAUGGGGAAGAGAAAAUGUUGCUCUAUGAAUACAUGCCUAAUAAGAGUUUGGAUGGCUUUAUUUUCGACCCUAUAAGAAAAGAGCAACUCGACUGGAAGAAGCGUUUUACAAUCAUCGAAGGGAUAGCAAGAGGCCUGCUUUAUCUUCAUAGGGAUGCAAGAUGUACCAUAAUUCAUAGAGAUUUAAAGGCUAGUAACAUCCUGCUGGAUAAGAAGAUGAAUCCAAAAAUUUCAGACUUUGGUAUGGCUAGAAUAUUUGGGGGAGAUCAAGAUCAAGAUAGUACAAAUAGAGUAGUUGGAACAUAUGGCUACAUGUCUCCGGAGUAUGCAAUGGAAGGUUUCUUUUCUGAGAGGUCUGAUGUUUUCAGUUUUGGAGUGUUGCUGUUGGAGGUCAUUACAGGCCAACGGACCACUCGAUUUCGGCUCUCUCAACACAUGAACCUCGUUGAAUAUGCAUGGAAGUUAUGGAGUGAAGGGAGAGCAAUGGAGCUUGUUGAUCCUUCAAUUGGAAGCUCAUAUCCUACUAAUGAAGUAACAAGAUGUCUACAUAUAGCAUUAUUAUGUGUGCAAGAUUCAGCAGUUUACAGACCUACAAUGUCACAGGUGGUCCUGUGGUUAGAAACUGAUAGUCUUGCACUUUCUAAUCCUAAGGAACCUACUCUUGCUUAUUCUUCAGCUCGCGCUUUUGUUGAUAUUGAUUUUCAAAAUAACGGUCAAGGUGUCGAGUCCUCAAAUAAUGUAACAGUUACCAUGCUAGUUGGAAGAUAGGGAUAAUUGCAGGAAUGUUUCUCUUUUAGCUCUCUUGUGCUAAAAUUGUUUUGUGUACAUACUUCACGUAGGAAAAGUUCUUUGGUUUUUAACAUUAUCCUAGAUGACAAGUAUAUAAAUAUAGUGUCUGUUUUAAAGUGAAGAAAACAGUUGGACUUUUUGAUGCAUUAUCCAUCUUAUUGCU